CGCCCCUUUCCCGGCGGGACGCUCGGAGCCGCCCCGAACUGCGCCGGGCGGCCGGGGGAGUCACACCCCAGGGGUUUAUGUGGUAAAUGAGCUUCUUGGCAUACAAGGGAAUUAAAGAAUGAUGGCUUCAUUCCAGCGCUCCAAUAGUCAUGACAAAGUAAGGAGAAUAGUUGCAGAGGAGGGUCGAACUGCAAGAAACCUGAUAGCUUGGAGUGUCCCUUUAGAAAGCAAAGAUGAUGAUGGAAAAUCUAAAUGUCAAACUGGUGGAAAAUCAAAGAGGACAAUUCAAGGAACUCAUAAAAAUACUAAACAGAACACUGCAGUAGACUGUAAAAUAACAUCAUCUACAACUGGAGAUAAACACUUCGAUAAAAGUCCCACUAAAACAAGGCAUCCUCGGAAAAUUGAUCUAAGAGCUAGAUACUGGGCAUUUCUUUUUGACAAUCUUCGCCGGGCAGUAGAUGAAAUCUAUGAAACUUGUGAAUCAGAUCAGAGUGUGGUAGAAUGUAAGGAGGUGCUAAUGAUGCUGGAUAACUAUGUAAGAGAUUUCAAAGCAUUGAUUGACUGGAUUCAACUUCAGGAAAAGCUAGAGAAGACAGAUGCUCAAAGCAGACCAACUUCUUUGGCUUGGGAGGUGAAGAAGAUGUCUCCGGGACGUCAUGUGAUUCCAAGUCCAUCGACAGAUAGAAUAAGUGUAACAUCAAAUGCUCGAAGAAGCUUAAAUUUUGGGGGUUCAUCUGGCACAGUGACUGCUCCCCGUCUGGCUCAUACAGGUGUCAGCUGGGCUGACAAGGUAAAGGCUCAUCAUACAGGCUCUCCUGCUGCUUCAGAUGUAGCAUCUGCUCAGUUGUGCCCACCAAUGACAGUGCAGAAGACUUCUCGCAAAAAUGAACGGAAAGAUGCUGAAGGAUGGGAGACUGUUCAAAGAGGAAGGCCUGUUCGUUCACGAUCAACAGCAGUGAUGACAAAAGUUUCAGUAGCAACAGAAACAUUAAGGUCAAAGGAUGACAGUGAUAAAGAAAAUAUACAUCUUUUACCUGAUGAAAGCCUACAGAAAGGUGAAUUUGCUGGAGAUGGAUCUUCUAAAACUACAGAAUCUCGGUCUAAAGACUCCUUACAAUCUUUUGACCAUCCUCUUGCUGAAAGGACCCAGUUCACAGUGAGUACAUUGGACGAUGUCAAGAACUCUGGCAGUAGUACUUUACAAGACAGUUCUGUGGGAACUUCUGAAAUACCUGGUGUUCACAUUGAUACAGAGUGUGUUUCAGUUACUCAACAAGCUGACACACCUCCUUCGCAAGCAAAUGACGUGCUUUCAUCAGAGAAAGCGGGGAUAGAAAGUGAAAUGGACCCUUCAGAUAUUUCAAAUGUGAGUGCUGCUAACUUGUCAAUGGCAGAAGUUCUUGCUAAAAAAGAAGAGCUAGCAGAUCGUCUAGAAAAGGCUAAUGAAGAAGCCAUUGCCAGUGCCAUUGCUGAAGAGGAGCAGUUAACCAGAGAAAUUGAAGCAGAGGAAAACAAUGAUAUUAAUAUUGAAACUGACAACGACAGUGAUUUUUCUGCCAGCAUGGGAAGUGGGAGUGUAUCUUUCUGUGGCAUGUCUAUGGACUGGAAUGAUGUCCUUGCAGAUUAUGAAGCUCGUGAAACUUGGCGCCAAAAUACAUCAUGGGGGGAUAUUGUAGAAGAGGAACCUGCUAGACCUCCAGGCCAUGGAAUUCACAUGCAUGAAAAACUUUCCUCACCAUCUCGUAAAAGAACAAUUGCAGAAUCUAAGAAGAAACAUGAAGAAAAACAAAUGAAAGCACAGCAGCUAAGGGAAAAGUUGCGUGAAGAGAAAACAUUAAAGCUUCAGAAAUUAUUAGAAAGGGAGAAGGAUGUCCGGAAGUGGAAGGAAGAAUUAUUAGAUCAAAGACGCAGGAUGAUGGAAGAGAAAUUACUUCAUGCUGAAUUUAAACGAGAGGUGCAAUUACAAGCAAUUGUUAAAAAAGCACAAGAGGAAGAAGCUAAGGUAAAUGAAAUUGCCUUCAUAAAUACCCUUGAAGCCCAGAAUAAGCGCCAUGAUGUCUUAUCAAAAUUGAAGGAAUAUGAGCAGAGGCUUAAUGAGUUACAGGAAGAACGUCAGCGAAGACAGGAAGAAAAACAAGCACGUGAUGAAGCUGUUCAGGAGCGCAAGAGAGCUCUAGAGGCAGAACGGCAGGCCCGUGUAGAAGAGUUGUUAAUGAAAAGGAAAGAACAAGAAGCCCGAAUUGAACAACAGAGGCAAGAAAAGGAAAAAGCCCGUGAGGAUGCUGCUCGAGAAAGAGCUAGAGAUAGGGAAGAAAGAUUGGCCGCACUUACAGCUGCUCAACAAGAAGCAAUGGAAGAGCUGCAGAAAAAGAUUCAGCUCAAGCAUGAUGAAAGCAUUCGAAGGCACAUGGAACAGAUUGAACAAAGAAAAGAAAAAGCUGCUGAGUUAAGCAGUGGGCGGCAUGCAAAUACUGAUUAUGCCCCCAAACUGACCCCUUAUGAAAGAAAGAAGCAGUGUUCUCUCUGCAAUGUCUUGAUCUCUUCAGAGGUGUAUCUUUUUAGUCAUAUUAAAGGAAAAAAACACCAGCAAGCUGUGAGAGAGAAUAGCAGCAUCCAAGGGCGUGAACUUUCAGAUGAAGAAGUGGAGCAUCUUUCCUUAAAGAAGUAUAUUAUUGAUGUUGUGGUUGAAAGUGCAGCUCUACCAGAGUCUUUGAAAGAUGGAGAAGAGCGGCAGAAAAAUAAAAAAAAAGCCAAAAAGAUAAAAGCCCGGAUGAACUCCAGGAAAAUGAAAACUCCAAGUAAAAAUGCCAAAGACCUUAACAGACAUCUCACCAAGACAAUGAACAUCUCAAAUAAGCAUGUGACAAUAUAUUCCAUAUCAUAUGUCAUUAGAGCCAAGGAAUAUGAAAGUUUAAUGGAAACAAAAAAUACUGGAUCUGACUCACCUUAUAAAGCAAAGCUUCAGCGAUUAGCUAAAGAUCUUCUAAAACAACUGCAAGUACAGGACAGUGGCUCAUGGGCAAACAAUAAAGUUUCUGCUUUAGAUCGGACCCUAGGCGAGAUCGCUCGAAUAUUGGAAAAAAAGAAUGUAGCAGAUCAGAUUGCAUUUCAAGUUGCUGGUGGAUUAACAGCCCUUGAACACAUUCUUCAAGUAGUAGUCCCAACCACAAAUGUGAACACAGCUUCACGAAUUCCUCCUAAGUGUCUCUGCAAUGCAAUCAAUGUUUACAACCUCACCUGCAAUAACUGCUCAGAAAAUUGCACCGAUGUUCUGUUUAGUAACAAGAUUACCUUCUUAAUGGACCUCCUGAUACACCAGUUGACGGUUUAUGUUCCAGAUGAAAAUAAUGCUAUUUUGGGAAGAAAUACAAAUAAGCAAGUUUUUGAAGGUUUGACAACUGGACUUCUCAAAGUCAGUGCUGUGGUUUUUAGCUGUCUGAUUGCCAAUCGACCAGAUGGAAGCAGCCGGCCAGCUACACCAAAAAUAUCGACACAGGAAAUGAAAAACAAACCUUCACAAGGUGAUGCAUUUAACAGUCAAGUUCAGGACCUCAUCAGCUAUGUGGUGAACAUAGGUCUGAUCAACAAGCUUCAUGGCUGCUUCCUCUCGGUACAAGGACCAGUGGACGAGAAUCCCAAGAUGGCCACAUUUUUGCAGCACGCUGCAGAACUCUUGCAUGGAAUGUGCACACUGUGCUUUGCUGUCACCAGAAGGUCGUGUGGCAUAUUCGACAGUAAUCGCCAGGAUCCCACGGGACUGACCGCCGCUCUCCAGGCCACUGACCUGGCCGGAGUCCUGCACAUGCUCUACUGCGUCCUCCUCCACGGCACUGUCUCGGACCCCGGCACCACCAGCCCCAAGGACACCUACACUCCCAACACGGUGCGGGUGGCCGUUCAGAGCCUACAGUUCUUCAACAGCUUUGCAGCCCUUGAUCUGCCCACUUUCCAGUCUAUCGUAGGGGCGGAGGGCCUGUCGCUUGCAUUCCGACACAUCGCCAGCUCUCUCCUAGGCCACUGCAGCCAGGCCUCCUGCGAAAGCCUCCUUCAUGAGGUCAUCGUCUGUGUGGGCUACUUCACCGUCAACCACCCGGACAACCAGGUGGUCGUGCAGUCCGGCCGCCACCCGACGGUGUUGCAGAAGCUCUGCCAGCUGCCCUUCCAGUACUUCAGCGAGCCCCGGCUGACCAAGGUGCUGUUCCCCUCACUGCUGGCUGCCUGCUUCAACAACCGCCACAACAGGACCAUCCUGGAGCAGGAGAUGAGCUGCGUGCUGCUGGCCACGUUCGUUCAGGAUUUCGUACAGACUCCAGGUCAAGCAGACAGCCAGGCCCGUCAGCCCAAAGGCAAAUCCCUCGGUUCCCAAGACUAUCUUGAGCUGGCCAACAGAUUUCCCCAGGAGGCCUGGGAAGAAGCACGACAGUUCUUUUUAAAAAAAGACAAAAAAUGAAUGGCCUGGUUGGCCCCGUCCGGCGCCCGCGCCGAGGUUCUGACUGUUGGGGCCAAGGCCUGAGCCCGGCUCCCUCCUGGCGCUUGGGCUCCGGAGCCGCUGUCCCCAGGGCGCGCUCGGCGCUAGUGAUGUGGGUGAAGUUAGACUAAAUUGGCGAGUCUGUUUCGUUCUUGUAAUAAAGUAACUUAUUGUCUUUG